AUGGUAUUCCUCCAGGUGAUUGCAGCAGUUAACGCUAUAAUCGCUAUAGUUGGUAUUCCUGGUAAUUUACUGGUAAUAAUAACUAUCGCAUUUGAAGAGAGAUUUCACAUCAUGCGGUAUAUUUUGUUGGCCAGUCUCGCACUGUCAGACUUUCUGUGUUUAAUCUUUAUCAACUCAUUCCGCAUUGCUAGUUUUGCGUACGAGAAUUGGUUAUACGGCGAUACAAUGUGCCAGCUUAAUGCAUUUUUAGCGAGAUAUUUUUACCUUAACACUGUUCUUCAUCUGGUGGCGAUAUCUUACGAGCGAUACGACGCGAUCGUCAAAUCACCUUUGACUCAGGGACCGCGCAGAGGGAGGGGCUGGGGGGGCUUUAGCCCCCCCACUUUUUUGCAAGAAUAAAAAUAAAUUAAACAAAAAAUAAUUUAACAGAAGUAACGGAGUGAAAAAUAGCAAAAGAUCGUUAAGUCGAAAGUGACCAGAGUUACUGGCAAAGACAAACGCGCAGAUAAAUAAACAGAAUGAAGCAUUAGUCGUUACAAUUGUAAAAUAUUUUUUCGCUUCUAACCCAGCAGAGGUUAACGUCUUUCAAAUGGCUUCUUUUUCCUGCGAACCUCUCAGGAAAACGCGUUGUUUCGUAAUUGGUCAAUUUCGAUCCAAAGUAAUAACUGGGUUUAGUUUAUAAGGCGAUUCUAAAACAAAUUGUUUAUUAGUAUCAACCUUGAUUUUUGGAAGAUCAUGAAGUUAUUGUUUCUCUUGUUAUUGUGCGUCCUGAUUUUAGCUCGAUCAGCGCGAAGUCCGUCUUUUGAUGUCAGGCUUCACGGCUCGUUGAGCAUUCCAAUUGCAAGUUUUGUUGAACGCGGUCUGUUUGUAAAAACAUUUUGUCAUCGAAAGUACUUAAACCGCAGAAUUGUGUAUAGCUCUGGUCAUCAAGGAACAUACAAUCCGGCGGUUAUUAGGAACAAAGAAGUGCACAUGGUACACGGCAACAUAAAUACGAACGACGAGACUUCACAUACCACUAGUAAUGCAAAGAAGAGAUCUCUUAAAAUUUCUCAUUACUUUUCCAAACAAAAUGGAAAACCUUCUCUAUCUGGUGAGUAAACUCUGCAUAAUUUUUGCUACUUUUUUCUGAAUCUGUUCUAUAAUUGAUUUUUCAUUCACUAAAUUAUUUUCAGUUACCGUUUUGUUUAGCCGUGUAAAUAUUUUGAAUGAAUAAUUAAACAAUUAUUGAACUCGGCUUUCGUAUGAUAUGAAGAUAUAGAGAUCUCGGAGGGUGUUAUCCACCGGGCUCAAGCCUUCGGCUUUGGCGGAUAACCCCCUCGAUCUGCAUAACUCUUCAUAUCAUACUCAGCCUCGUGCAAUAAUUGCUCAGUAAUUAUACAGCCUUGAGUUCAAGGCAGCUCAAGCAAAAUCGUUGGAUUUCUGGCUUAUUUAUAGUAAUUAAAGGUUGAUAUCAGUAGUAUAACAUAACAAUCUAUGAUAUUUCAAUUUAGUGAUGGUGAAUUUUCAGACCCGAUAGCAACAUCACUGAAGACGUGGAAAAAAAUCAAUAGUUUUAUCGUUAUUCGCAUUCUCCGUCACUUUAGAGAAAUUGAAUAGAAAUCCACAAGCAUGCCACCCCCCCGCCUCACAAAAAAAUUUUCCUUCACACAUUCUUCUUUAGCCCCCCCACUCGAAAACUUGCUGCGCGGUCCCUGUUGACUUACGAUGGCACAAUUACCAAAUGGAAAGUGUUCUUGAUAUUUCUCCUGUGGGCUUUUCCGAUUCUACCCCUCGUCAUACUGUUUUUUCAGUUUGACGGUUACAAGUACGACUCAGAACUGAUUUUCUGUGAUCUCGGACAUGUCGCACAGAGUGAUUCUAGUGGAGUGAAAACGUUUGCGGCUGUUUUUCCCUCGGUGUUAUUAGUCGGGACAUUUCUGAUAAUCGUCUUUUUAAACUGGUUGGUGUACAAGACAGCCAAGAAUCAAGUAGAAGCCUUAGGUCACCGGCAGAUUGGAGGAAUUGCUGGUUUCAACGACCCCCAACAGCAAGAAAUUCCGAGGAGGGUGAGAGAACGGAAAGCAGCUGUCGAUAUCACCAUCAUUGUUGCUGCGUUUUUGCUUUGCCUUUUUCCCAGGUAUAUUGUCCGCCUUUUUCGCUUGUUUUGGAAAUUCGUGAAAGUUCCAGCCGAGGCAGUACAGGUCUCGUCAUCUGUCUUCUUAAUCAGUUCGCUGUGUAACCCGAUCAUCUAUUCUGUACGAAAAAGAGAGUUUCGAAUCGGCGUGAAAAACUUGUUGAGGCGGUCUGGGCUGUGGAAAUUUCAAGGGGAUCACAAUGAUGAAUUUAUUGCUAUGAACAAUCUCAGAUUCCCUCGCUGCAUCCCUGAUAGAAAUGUCAUGCAUCAGGAAGCACCCUCAACAGACCACGCAAGUGAAGAUCAGCACAGAUCCGCGAUGUUCGUUUCAAUGCUGGAAUUAACUAGACUGAAGUUUGAGAGUCGCCUCUCCCCAAUUCCUGAAAAUGCUGAGGAAGACCAAUAA